AAAUAUGAACGCAUUCAUAACUCUAACACCAAACCAGACAUCCCGUAAGAUGUAUUGUUUUUAUUGAAUCGAAGCUUAAUUAAAGUUCGUGUAAUCUGCGGUGGGUGCUUCGGAAAUUGAUUGAAGUGGAGAACAUUGGUCAUUUGAGAAGCAGUUCCUCGUUCAUUCCUGAUGGGAGAAUCAGAGAUACUUAGAACAACGCGUUGAUAAUACGGCGCUGCAGUUUACUGCCUUUCCUGGGAAAAAAAAUCAGAAUAAUUUCAGACAUGGAAGAGUCCAGUGAGACUUAUGAUGUCCUUGAGACAAACCAUUCCAUUUCGUGGGAAGACCACCAGUGUCAGAGCACGGAGGAGAGAACUGAAUGCCUCCGAAGGAAGAUCAAGUACUACUUCAUGAAUCCGUGUGAGAAAUACCACGCGCGGGGACGGAAACCUUGGAAACUUGUGCUGCAGAUUGUCAAAAUUGCUAUAAUUACCAUGCAGCUGGUCUUAUUUGGCCUGAGCAAUCAAAUGGUCGUUACUUUCAAGGAAGAAAAUCUGCUGACCUUCAAGCACCUCUUCCUCAAAGAUUAUGUUGACGGAGGUAUGGAAACCCACGCCAUUUACAGACAAGCUGAUGUUUAUGAUCACAUCGACUACGUUAUUACUCAGUACGGACUUCUGCACAACAACACUGUUGGGAAUCAUGAAUAUGAGAAAAAUGGCUCUUCCUACAACCCACUGCUUCUCUGUCAGGACUUCUACAAGAAUGGCAGCAUCUACCCUGGAAGUGAAAUUUUUGAAAUUGAUGCUCACGUGGAUACGGAAUGCCUUAAAAUCUAUCCACUCAUUCCUGUACCGCUACGUGACAUGCCUCAAAACUUUGAACUGCAUUUUAAAAGGCUGCUCCUUGUGAAGAUCACAUUCACUGUCAAGGCCAUUAAUCUGCAAACUGUGAGAUAUCGAGAGCUGCCUGACUGCUACGACUUCACUGUCAUUAUUACUUUUAACAAUCAAGCUCACAGUGGCAGAAUGAAAGUCGACCUGGAAAUGGAUGUGGAAAUCAACGAAUGCAAAGACUGGAAAGUCAUUGGAGCCUCUGCAAGAAAGAUAUACCUGACUGUGAUGUUCGACUGCCUCAUCAUCAUAACCUGCAUCACCUCCUUUGUGCUCUGCACACGCUCAGUGAUCAAAGGGAUUCUGCUGAUGUGUGAGUACAGUCGUCAUUGCAGAACACACUCUGGUAGAGACGUGCCGUGGUCGGACAAACUGGAGUUUGUGAACGGCUGGUACAUCCUGAUCAUUGUCAGCGACACGCUGACUAUCAUAGGCUCCAUUCUCAAGAUAGAGAUUGAGUCUAAGGUCUUUACAAGCUACGAUGUGUGCAGCAUCUUCCUCGGCAUCGGCACCAUGUUUGUUUGGAUCGGAGUCAUCCGUUACCUGGGUUACUUCAAGAAGUACAACGUUCUCAUUGUGACGCUCCGGGCAGCUUUUCCAAAUGUUAUCCGUUUCGUCUGUUGUGCUGGAAUAAUAUACAUAAGCUACUGUUUUUGUGGCUGGAUCGUGAUUGGUCCGUUUCACGAAAAGUUCCGGACCCUUAACACCGUGUCGGAGUGUUUGUUCUCAUUGAUCAACGGAGACGACAUGUUCCCCACAUUCAAAGAGAUGAAGCAGAAGAGGAGCCUGGUGUGGCUUUUCAGCAGAGUCUACAUCUAUACCUUUGUGUCGCUCUUCAUCUACAUGAUCCUCAGUCUUUUCAUCACAAUAAUCACCGACACAUACUACACAGUCAAGCAGCAGCAGGAGAACGGAGUCCCAAUAUCAGAGCUGCAGAAAUUUCUCUCUGUGUGUAAAGAUCUGCCAAAUUCUGGAGUUUAUAGACUUGAAAAUAACAACAGCUGCAUCAUUAACUGCUGCAUCAACAGGUACAAUCACAUAUCUACAUCUGUUCAUUUAAAAUGGAUUUUCAUAUUCAGUUUCAUUCAGAAAUAUCCGACCCCCACAGAUGAUGUAUAUAAUCUACUAAUUAAAUUCCAGACAUUUCUAGACUCAAACCUCUGGUCAUCUUAUUCAUUUUUGUACAAGUUAAAAAAGGGCCGAUAUUUGAAAUCUAUUAGUUCUGAUUGAAACUAAUAGCAAACUUUAAAUAUGAAACAUGGACAAACCAGAAACUAAAAGAAAGUAACAAAAAAAUAAAAGAAAGAGCUAAAGAACAGGGAGAACGAGGAAACAGCCAAAGAACAGAUGGAAAGAACAAAAAUGUAACAAAGGUGGGAAGAAGUCCUUGCUUGAACAAAAAAGGAUGGAUGGCUGGUCCAUUUAGAAAAAAGGAUAAAGUGUAUAAAAUAUGAACUUUUUUACAUGUACAUCCAGACUCUGCAAACCCUUUCAAUACUCAAAGUCUGUACCUUUCCAGACUCUGUACAAACAUUGUUUUUCUUUAACCACACAACUGUUUGUAAGGUAAAACUGAAACAUAAUUAAGUUUUUGGGAAACCUAGAAUGAGCUGCAAUCACGAUCAGGACAACAAAGCUUCCACAACAGAUUAUUUCCUCACACCAAAUGGGCCGUGGGAAUAAGAAGACGCAUUUUUUUAAGUCGACAUUCCAAGAAUCUAUGGAGCUGAAAACCUGUUUGACUGAAUAAAACCUCAACAUUUUUAUCAAACCUUAGCUGUUUAGCCAGGAGACGUAUAAAAAUCAACCGCAUGACCUGAUAAAGGCUGCUAUAAAAUGUUCAGAUUCCAGGGAAAAUUUGGACAAGACUGAAAAGAUUAAUUUCCUGGAUUUACAGAAAUCAUGACAGGGAUGUUUUGCCAUAUAUGUUCCAAAUGCUGUUAUUCAACAAGGCAUCAUCUUUCCUCGUCACAACAAUGUCUUAAAGAAUGGGAGUUGAUUUAUAUAUUCACUGUAUGAUUGAUAUUUUUUGACAAAUAUAAAUAAGAGUCAUCUUCCAGAUGAAAGCACUUCUUUAAAUCAAUCAUCAGAAACAGUAAUAAGCUAUAAAACAUUAAGAUCAGAUUUGUUUUUUGUUUUUUUCAUUCCAGAUGCAAGACUCACCAAGAGAGGCUGACAUCAGAGGCAUAGCAGUUUCUGAGUAUUUUAUACUUUAGGGAUUCCUGGAAUCAAAUUAAAUAAACUUAUAAAAACCUGCUACAAGAACAAACUGGAGAAAGAUAAACUCAAAAUGAGACACAAACCUGAAAACAUCUUGUAAAUAGAAAAUAUAAUGAUAUUGUAGAUAUAAAAAAUGUAAUGCUUGUACAGUAACUAUGUAACUUUGGAGAAAUUCCUUUGUUGUACACAAAAAUUAAUCAGUGAUGCUGAAAUGUACAUUGAAUAAGAUUUUAUUUCUCCGUUGUGAGGAGAAAGAAUCAAUAUAAAAUCCAUUUUUCCCAUCAUUA